CAUGUUGUGGACACAUACAUCUGAAUGUCAUAUUUGAUGUACAGUAAAAAAUCAAGAAAUGUGAGUGUGUGAGGUUUUGAGCAACUCUUUGUGUGUAAGUUGAUGAUUAUCCAUAUUGUCUCUUAUCAAUCAGACAUGGGAUAUUAUUGCGAGGACUGAACCACUACCGUGGCGAAAUAUUUGCCUACCCCAUGUUUUUGAAGAAAGAAUUGGGAGAGAGGGCAAAUGUCACUUUCUUCUGCAUGGAUGUUGUCUGCAGGUACUGGCCCUACCUAAGCAAAGUGGUUGAUGAGUUUCCAGAUCUUCAGCCUUUGAUGCAUAUGAGACCAUUUCUCAGUGUAAUGCACGCCAAAGCACAUACAGCAAAAUGCGAGGUGAGAUGGGGUGGCAGAAAUCAGGAUGGAGCAGGGAACACAGUUGGAGAGGAAGUUGAACAAGUGAACAGCUUUCUCUCCAGGGCAGCUCUUAUCACAAAAUACAUGACAAAAGCAGGGAGAGAAAAUAUGCUGACGCAACAGGCCAUGGGUUGGAACAGAAAAAAGACAGAGAACCUCCACAAAGCUUUGGCCCAGAGAUACGUCACAUUCUCAGAGAGGGCAAAACUGGAAGCUGCCAGCCUCAGUGACUUUCAGCAAAAGCAAAACCUCACUCAGCAAACAAUAGAGCAGUGGGUGUUUGAUGUCCAGCAAUGGGCAGUCACAGAUCGAGUCUACACACAAGGGUGUACAGAGGACCUCAGGGCAGAAAUAGAGACCAUCACAGUAACCCUCCUACGCAAGAAGCAGGACCUCUAUCGUCAGCAUGAUAGCAACCAGACAAGACACAGCAAGCGAAGAAAACUUAGAGAUUUAAAAAAAAAACUAAGAGAUAAGGUCUUGCAGUACAACGCAUCUGAAGAAGAUGAAAUUGAUGAGGACUUGGCCUGCAAUUUGACGGAGGGCUACAUCCUGCCAUGGGAGAGAAGUGAAGAUGGCCACUCAUUCAGAUUGAAAAGGUCACUCUUUGACCGAAUUAUGCUUAAACGGUAUGAGGAGGAGCAGAGCAUCCUCAUCAAAGAAAUUACACAGCACAUCAUGUCAUUAAGGAAGGAGAUAAAGGGAGUGGAGAAACUCAAAGACAACAUUGGGAUGUUCGUGUGUAAUAAGUAA